CCCAUUGAGUUCAAUUUAAUGUAUUGGUGGCUCCGAAAUUCAAUGAUCCAUCUUUUAUGCCCAACCCUUUAAAUUCAUUUCAUAUCACAUCACAAACCAUGCAUUUAGUGACACAUAAAAAACGGAGAAAAUAAAAUCUAAGCAAUUUCUCUCAAAGGGUCUUCAUUUCUUGUUCAAAGUUCAAUUUUUUUUCUUCUUGUUCUCUCUUUCUUGAUUAAUUAGUGCUUUUUUUUCUUCCUAUAUCUUGCUUUGGAUUGAAUUUAGGAGAAGAUGGAUAAAGAAAAUCCUCAACAUUUUGAUCUGAAUACUGGUAUAAAGAUACCGGCAGUUGGUCUUGGAACGUGGAAAGCUUCUCCUGGUGUUGUUGGUGAUGCUGUUGUUGCUGCAGUCAAGGCGGGUUAUAGACAUAUAGAUUGUGCUAGGGUAUAUGAUAAUGAAAAAGAGGUAGGGGACGCAUUGAAAACACUGUUUUCAACUGGGGUAGUAAAGCGUAGUGAAAUGUUCAUCACAUCAAAGCUAUGGACUAGUGAUUGUGCACCUGAAGAUGUCUCAAAGGCACUGACUAGGACACUAGAGGAUCUGCAGCUUGACUACAUCGAUUUAUAUCUUAUACACUGGCCUUUUAGGACAAAGGCAGGAUCAAGGGGUUGGGACCCUGAGGUCAUGGCUCCCUUAACUCUUUCAGAGACAUGGAAUGCAAUGGAAGGUUUAUUUGCCUCGGGUCAGGCACGUGCAAUUGGUGUCAGCAACUUUUCAACUACGAAGCUUCAAGAUUUGCUCAAAUAUGCUAAGAUUCCACCAGCGGUUAACCAAGUUGAAUGCCACCCUGUUUGGCAACAAACUGCUCUUCACAAUUUGUGCAAGUCUACUGGUGUUCAUCUAACAGCAUAUUCUCCUCUGGGUUCUCCUGGAUCAUGGGUAAAGGGUGAAAUCUUGAAGGAACCAAUUUUGAUUGAAAUUGCUGAAAAACUUAACAAGUCUCCAGCACAAGUGGCUCUGAGGUGGGGACUACAAAGUGGUCACAGUGUUCUUCCAAAGAGUGUAAAUGAAUCUAGAAUCAAAGAAAACCUUAGCAUAUUUGAUUGGUGUAUCCCUCCAGAGCUCUUCUCAAAAUUCUCACAGAUUCACCAGCAAAGGCUACUUAGAGGGGAUUUUGCUGUCCAUGAAACUUGUAGUCCUUACAAAAGUCUUGAAGAUUUGUGGGAUGGAGAAAUAUGAAAUGGAGAUGGUUUUUCAUGCCUUCCAAUUGAAGAUGCUGAGGAUGUAAUUUGGCACUGAAUUCUUAUUGCUUAAUUCUGUUUUGACUAAAGAUGACCAUUCCUCUUCCUGGGGGCCUUUUGUGAAUACUGAAUAGAUAGAUAUAUUACUAGAAGGAAACAUCGACUCUAAUAUUUGGUUAUGAAGCCUUCAUUUACUCCUUUUUCUUUUUAUGCAUGAAUUUGUUGUAUCAUUGGUAGAAAAACAGAUAGAAAACAACUGUUCAAUAAACUUGCAGUCGAUUAUCAAAAGCAUGUUAUAAACUAGAGAUAACUAAGACACAGCAGAAAA